GGGAAAGGCAGAUACAACAGAAACGGGGGGAGGACGGUGGAUGAUUUACGCUUUAAAAGUUGCAGUACAACAGAUUUAAGAGUUGCGGCGAAGAGGAAUAAAACAAGAUGAUAACGCCCUACUUCCUAGAGAAUUUCUGGGGGGAAAAAAAUAAUGGCUUUGAUGUGCUCUACCAUAACAUGAAGCAUGGUCAAAUUUCCUCCAAGGAGCUGACAGACUUCAUCAGAGAAAGGAGUACUAUUGAAGAGGCCUAUGCCAGGUCAAUGACCAAACUUGCCAAGUCAGCUGGCAACUUUUCUCAGCUUGGGACGUUUGCUCCGGUGUGGGAUGUGUUCAAGAGCUCGACAGAGAAGCUGGCCAGCUGUCACAUGGAGCUAGUGAGGAAACUACAGGAGCUUAUAAAAGAGGUUCAGAAGUACGUGGAGGAGCAGGCCAAAGCACACAAAAAGACAAAAGAAGAGGUGGCGUCCACCCUGGAGGCCGUCCAGAACAUCCAGACCACAUCUCAGGCCCUGCAGAAGUCCAAGGAGAUCUACAAUGCCAAAACUGUGGAGCAGGAGCGCCUCCGCAAAGAGGGGGCCACCCAGAGAGAUGUGGACAAGGCUGGAGUGAAAGCCAAAAAAGCCACAGAGACCUACAAGUCAUAUGUGGAGAAGUACGCCACAGCGAAGUCAGAGUUUGAACAGAAGAUGGCAGAAACUGCACAGAAAUUCCAGGACAUUGAAGAAAGCCACAUUCUCCACAUGAAGGAGAUCAUUCAGUCAUACUCACAGUCUGUUGACGAAACGCACAUUCAAAUAGGAGAGCUCCAUAAUGAAUUUGUGAGGAACAUUGAAAACACCUCAGUGGAGAGUUUAAUACAGAAACUGGCUGAGAGCAAAGGAACGGGAAAGGAGAGACCAGGACCCAUUGAGUUUGAGGAGUGCAAUACAGCUAUUGCUACUGAAGGUGCUAAACCCAGAAAGCGAAAACCGUUCGGCAUCCCAGGUCGUAGGAAAGACAAGGACACAGACUCGACGGAAUCUACAGAAGUUGAAGCUGCUAACACUGCCAAUGGCGCUCCCCCCGGAUACUAUGGGGCCAUAGACAUCCAGAAUGCUCAUGAGACAGAAGAGAGACAAACAUGGUUGAAACCAACUACAGGUAAAAGUCAACAGAAUGUCCCCCAGGUCGAUGCGGAGGGUUUCUGUAUCAGACCAGAAGUAAAUGAAAACGAUGCCAAAGAGAAUUCCUUCUAUUCGUCCAGCGACUCAGAGGAUGAAGAUGAACCCAGGAAGUUCCAUGUAGAAAUCAAGCCCGUUCAGCCAAACAACGGCACGCACCAGAACAGAGCCACCAUUGACGAGCUCAAAGCCUCCAUUGGAAACAUCAUCCUGUCGCCCUCGACCUCGGGACAGAUGCGAAGGAACCAGUCCAGUGAUGAACUGGCAAAACCCAGAGUGCCAACAUCGUACGAACUUAACAACGACCUUCUGUCUCUGGACCCGUUCAGCCCGACCCUCGCAGCAGGCUCCUCCUCCUCUGUGUCAUCAUCAACAGUGCCGGUACCGAACCGACCUACGACCCCGCUGACAGCUGGAGCCCUGGUGCCCCCACCACGACCCUCCUCCAGGCCCAAACUCCCCACUGGAAAACUCACAGGAAUCAAUGAGAUUGUGCGGCCGUUCAGCCCACCCAAAACAUCCAACGCCAGUCCUCCUCCCAGUGCACCACUCGCCCGGGCAGAGAGCUCCUCCUCCUUGUCAUCGAACGCCUCACUCAGCGCUGGCAACACCCCCACCGUCGGGACGUCUCGCGGUCCCAGCCCUGUGACCCUGGCAUCCCAGGAUGCUUUGCCCAUUGCUGUGGCCUUCACAGAGUCGGUUAAUGCUUACUUCAAAGGAGCUGAUCCCACUAAGUGCAUUGUGAAGAUCACAGGAGACAUGACUCUGUCGUUCCCCAUGGGCAUCAUCAAGGUGUUCACCACCAACCCUUCCCCGGCCGUCCUCACCUUCAAACUGAAGAACACCAGCAGGUUGGAGCAGAUCCUACCCAACCAACAGCUUUUAUACAGUGAUCCUUCCCAGAGUGACUCGAAUUCCAAGGACUUCUGGUUCAACAUGCAAGCACUGACGUCCUACCUCAGAAAAGCCUCAGAUCAGAAUCCUUCAGCUUCCUACUAUAACGUGGACAUCCUGAAAUACCAGGUGCUGUCUGACGGGAUCCAUUCCACUCCUCUAAACCUGGCCGUGUACUGGAAGUGUACACCGAGCACAACAGACCUGAGGGUCGACUACCGCUACAACCCAGAUUCCAUGUUCUCUCCUUGGCCGCUCAGCAACGUACAGAUCUUAGUGCCCGUCGACGGAGGAGUCACCAACAUGCAGUCUCUGCCCAACUCCAUAUGGAAUUCAGAGCAGAAUAAGUGUUUGUGGAAGCUGAGUGACAUCUCAGAAAAGUCGGAAAAUGAAGGAGCCGGAUCUCUGAGGGCCAAGUUUGAGCUGUCAAACGGUCCAUCAAACCCCUCUACUCUGGCAGUGCAGUUUAUGAGUGAGGGAAGCACCCUGUCCGGAGUGGACAUGGAGCUACAGGGGGCUGGAUACAGACUCUCUCUCAGCAAGAAAAGAUUUGCCACAGGACGUUACAUGGCAGAUUGCUGAGGUGACCCACCACUCUGGUUCUCAAGAAAGAAAAACACAAAACUUGUCAACUCUGCAACGCCUCCUGAACCUCUGGAUCCAUCAGCUGUGCUUUGCCCCAGGAGGCGAGAAUCUCACUACAAUAAAACAGCACUGAGUAUUGAACACUGUUAAAAAAAAUAAAUAAAAGAAAACUAAGAUGAGCUUUCAGGAACUGUGUAGAUAUGAAGUCUAAUAAUGAUUUCUGAUCAAUUCACUUUUGUAUAGUCAGAAACAAUUUAUGGAUUAGAUAUAAAUCUAUAUUGUAUUUGAAAUCAUAAAAAAAAGAAAAAAAAAGUGCACUAACAAUCUUUCAGACGCUCUUUUUCCUCUUAUACUCAUUUUUCAAGAGCCAAUAAUGAAUAUCAAACAAACCCAUAUCUGUGUGGAAGAGAAGAGAAGGUUCCUCCCUCUCUCUCUCUCUCUCUCUCUCCGUCUGAACUGUAAAUAAUAACACUGAAUAUUCUUCUUGACCAGCUCUGACUCAGCUCUCAAAUCAGUUUUUCUUCUCACAAUUUUAUGUUUUUGAUCAUGUGCAAUGAAGCCAUGAAGGUGAAUCUGUCUUAAACGGUGUGAAUCCUCGCUCACACUCUUAUGGCACAAGCUUGAUCUUUAAAAGAACAUUGAAGUGCUUUCAAACAAAUGCAAAAAUCUGACCUCAGUGCCUCAUCUUAUACUGUGGAUCAAUAGGCAACAAAAGUGCAUCAAUGUUGAAAAAAAUCCAGAUUUGGGUUUCCAGAUUUAAGCUACAUGUCUCUGUGGUAUAAUGCAUGGAGUUUUUUUUUUAACAAUCACCCCAAAUGGGGUCUGUGAUCAGUGUGGUCUUUUUAAAAUUGAACUUUUUUCCCCUUGUAAAUUCUCCAUUUGGUCAUGGCUUGUCUUUUUUUUUUUUUUACAUUUUAA